AAAGCAUUUUCCUUCUAUCUCUUAAUCUUAUCCUUAAUAUCUGCUUCUGAAGAUGCCUGCCAUAGCAUUCGGGCGUUUUGAUGAUUCUUUCAGCUUUGGCUCCAUCAAAGCCUACAUUGCUGAGUUCAUCUCAACAUUGAUCUUUGUUUUUGCUGGUGUUGGUUCAGCAAUAGCCUAUGGAAAGCUGACAUCAGAUGCAGCACUUGACCCUGCUGGAUUGGUAGCAGUAGCUGUGUGCCAUGGAUUUGCUCUGUUUGUGGCGGUUUCUGUUGGAGCCAACAUCUCUGGUGGCCAUGUCAACCCUGCUGUCACUUUUGGUUUGGCACUUGGAGGCCAAAUCACACUACUUUCUGGAAUCUUCUACUGGAUUGCUCAGCUUCUUGGUUCCAUUGUUGCAUGUUUCCUCCUUUCUUAUGUCACCGGUGGAUUGACAACUCCAAUCCAUAGUGUGGCAGAAGGAGCAGGAGCAUUUUAAGGAGUAGUGACUGAAAUCAUAAUCACAUUUGGAUUGGUGUACACUGUGUAUGCCACAGCAGCUGACCCCAAGAAGGGCUCACUAGGCACCAUUGCACCCAUUGCAAUUGGUUUCAUUGUUGGUGCCAACAUCUUGGCCGCCGGUCCCUUCUCCGGCGGCUCCAUGAACCCGGCUCGCUCCUUCGGCCCUGCCGUCGUCAGCGGCAACUUCCAUGACAACUGGAUCUACUGGGUUGGACCCCUCAUUGGUGGUGGCCUUGCUGGCCUUGUCUAUGCCAAUGUCUUCUUGCCCUCUGACCAUGCACCUCUUUCAAGUGAAUUUUGAUUUCAUCAAUUAUUUGAGACUUGAGACUUGAGAGUUGCAAUUUGUAAUUUCGUCUUUUAAUUUCUCCACAAUAAAAGGAGGAAAAUCAAGAAUUAUUUUCUUGCUUUUCUUUCUUUUAUCUCUUUCUCUCUUGCUUUUGCUCUUAUUGUAAAGGGUCUGUUUAGUGAUGUGCAUUAUUAAUUAGUCCUUUUCUGAUUA